AUGGCGAAAAUUGAUCUCAAUAAGAUAUGGAAUGAUAAUCAAAAAAUCAGCUACUUUUUCUACACAAAUGUUUGCUUUCUGAUCAGUGGAUUUGCUUCGUUUGUCGUGGGAGUAUGGCUCUACAGUUCGAAGAACAACUUUGUGGAACUCACGCCUAGCUCCUACUCAGCCUUGUCAGCUGCCGGACUGUGUGUCUUCACCGGCGUCACAAUCUGUAUUAUUGUUGCUGUUGGAUAUCUUGGAGUGUCAUAUACCAACAAGCCGCUCUUCUAUUCGUACAUUGCGUUCAUCUUGCUACUGAUACUAGCUCAUGGAACAGCUAGGACUACUGGAUUUCUUCAUAAGGAUGAAGCUCGAGAAAAUCUCAGAACCAGCAUGCUCCGCAACAUCAACGCUACUGUUGUUAUCACCAAACUUGGCCGAGAGCUCAAACUUGCAUUGACCUGGGACCAUUUGCAGAGAGAGCUAGAAUGUUGCGGGGUGAACAACUACACCGAUUGGUACUACUCUGUUCAUUGGCCCAAUAACCAGUACACUCCGGAUAGUUGCUGUGAACCGAUUCACUUUCAAGAGAACAGUACUAUGGAGAACUGUGGCAAAAUGCCCGAUGAUGAUACUGUACUCUAUCAGGAGGGAUGCUUCCCGAAGUUUGCCGAUUGGCUAUAUCAUCACAUCACGCUUGUAAACUGGGUCACAUCGGUACUUUUCAUUGUGGAGGUUACCCUUUUUAUCCUUUCGCUUGCAGUUUUGGGAGUUUUAAAAAGAAGGAAAACAAAAAGAAGAAGAUCUCCACGCCGAGAACGAGAUCCAGACGUGACUAGCGAACGGAUUCGACUAAACUCUAUGGAUCGAAUCGCCGAUGCUCGACUAGACGGGGAAAGUAUUAACUCUCGGUAG